ACUGCGCGCGGAGCUCGGUGGCGCGGGGAUUCCGGCUCCACGGGCGACACGUGCCAUGGCUCCUCGCGGGAGGAAGCGCAAGGCAGACGCGGCGGCAGAUGGGGAAACCGAGAAGCCGGAGAAGCUGGCACAGGGCGGCGAUGGGGGCGUGGGAGAGGCCCGCGUGGUCAUUGAGCACUGCCGAAGCUGACGCGUGUACGCGCGCCACGCGGAGGCGGUGAGCCAGGCGCUGCGCCUCGCCCGCCCGGAGCUGCCCGUGCUGCUGAACCCCACCAAGCCCCGCCGGAGCAGCUUCGAGGUGACGCUGCAGCGCCCCGACGGCAGCCGGGCAGAGCUCUGGAGUGGGAUUAAGAAGGGUCCCCCACGAAAACUUAAGUUUCCUGAGCCAGGGCAGGUGGUGGAGGAGCUUAAGAAGCAGUUGGCUUAAGUGAGGAGCCUUCCCAAGUGAGCAGGACUUCCGUGACGAGCUGUCUGUCCCCAGUGAGUUUGGAGCAUCCAUGAUGGAACAUGACCAAAUCUCCCAGUCGUGACCCUGAAGCUCUAGUUCCUUCUUCUGGGAAUGGCAGUGGGUGCAUGGUGUACCUGGUGAUGUUGAAUUGUUAAUAAAAGUUUUUUGAUACAGAA